UUCAAUUUCUUCCAGAGAACCAACUUUCCCGAGAAAAUAUUUUCCUUCAGAAAAUGGCGACACAACAGUUCCUAUCAUCGUUCAAAUACUCCGACAGUCUAACCGUCGUAGCAAUCUCCUUUUGCACCGCCAUUGUUUGCGAAGCCAUAUCAUGGCUCUUAAUCUACCGAACCAACUCUUACAAAUCCCUCAAAUCCUCAAUCGACAGAGCAGCCAAAAAACUCGAAACCAUGAAAACCGACCAAAACCCAAACAAGUUAUCCACCAAAAAAUCCAAAACGAAAAAGAUCGACCGCGUCGAAACCAGCCUCAAAGAAUCCAGCCGUGACCUGUCCUUGUUCAAGUUCAAAUCUGGGGCUGUCGUGGCCCUCGUUUUGAUCGUCGUUUUUGGGUUCUUGAAUUCUCUUUUCGAAGGGAAAGUUGUCGCCAAAUUGCCGUUUAAGCCGAUUGGGAUUGUGAUGAAGAUGAGUCAUAGAGGGUUGAAAGGGGAGGAUGCCACGGAUUGUUCGAUGGUCUUUCUGUACUUCUUGUGUUCGAUUAGUAUAAGGACUAACUUGCAGAAGUUUUUGGGGUUUUCGCCGCCUCGAGGAGCUGCUGGUGCUGGGUUGUUCCCAAUGCCUGACCCCAAGACUAAUUGAUUCAAUUUUAGUUGAUCUACAUGGGGACUAAGCAAUUUGGUAUGUGAUUUUUUUUUUCUUUUUAAUUUAGCUACUGUUUGAGAAUCGUGAAUUUAGCUAAUGGAUAUUGGGAGUUUUGGAUUUUUAUGUGAUAAUUUGUGACAGAUACUGGUUUUAAAUUCAAAUUUUUGUUCUCUAACUUGGCUUAUUGUAGACUU